AUGAGACCCCCUAAAAACUUUGCCCAGGUGAGGGUGAGCCCCCGAACGGCACCUCCUGGGAGGGGCUGCCUGAGGGAGGACGGGCAGGGCCGGCCCCGGAGGGCGGGCAGGGCCGAGUGUCAGCAGCAGCCGCCCCAGGCCCGGAGAGCCACGUCCUGGAUCGUGGGGGGCCACGAGGCCCCGGAGGGCGCGUGGCCGUGGGUCGUGAGCCUGCAGGUCCUGCGAGGGGGCGUCCGCUUCAUCCACCUCUGCGGGGGGGUCCUGCUGAGCCGCAGGGCCGUGCUGACCGCCGGGCACUGCGUCGAGGGCAGGAGGAACCCUUGCUUCUGGAGAGCUGUCCUGGGCCUGCACAACCUGCACCGGCACGGCCCCCACACGGCCAAGAGGAGGAUCAGGAGGAUCCUGGUGCACUCGGAGUUCAAGAGCGAGACCUUUGAGAACGACGUGGCGCUGUUCGAGCUGAGCUCGGCCGUGCAGUCCAGCCUGCACAUCCAGCCCAUCUGCCUGCCCCCCGUGCCGCUGCAGCCCCAGCUGGAGAACAGCACCGACUGCUACAUCAGCGGCUGGGGCCGCACUGCUGAGAAGGGUAAAAUCUCCCCUGUGCUGAAGGAAGCCCGGGUGGAAAUCCUCCCUCCCAGCCUGUGCAACAGCUCCGAGGGCUACGCGGGGCUCAUGGACGACAGGGUGCUCUGCGCCGGCGCCUGGGCCGGGGGCACCGACACCUGCCAGGGCGACAGCGGGGGCCCCUUGGUGUGUUACCACCCCGACAAGUAUUACCUGAUCGGCAUCGCCAGCUUCGGCGUCGGCUGCGGCCGCCCCAAAUACCCCGGGAUCUACGUCCGGCUGUCCCAGUACAGGGCAUGGAUCAAAUCAAAGCUUAAGCUGACCAGCAGGACUCCAAAACCCACGAGCACCACGCUCACCCUCCUCCUGACUGUGGCACACACGGUGCUCACACAGACCCUCUAGAGGGGCAAACCAUCGUGGAGCUCAGCCCUGCCCGGGCAAGCUUGGAAGAACCAGCUCCCUCCUGACUCCCAAUAAAUCCAAGAGCCAAAGGACGUGCACUUACUUUUUAGGAGUUGUGUUUGCAAUUGUGGUUUUUUUUUUGUUUCCUGCCUCUGAGAUCCACACUGACGGCACAGGAAAUGGU